GCGGAGUAUGAGGAGUUUCGGGUAGGCGAAAAGAAAAACAAUGACUGCCACUUAGCUUUUGUCAACGUUACGACUCACAGUGACAGCUAGCAUCACAUGCGUAUCGGUCACAUAUGUUAAGGAAUUGUAAGAAAAAAGGAUAUACACGUAAGAACAAUCCAGCAUGGACCAUAUAACGAAGGAGCAUGGUAUCAAGUUUUCGAGUGUCUGAGCUACAAGUGUUACUGGGCUUUGCUGGGCACAACAAAAGUGGUCGUAAACAUGAGCUUCUCCUGAGGGCUUUGCAUUUGCUGAAGAACGGCUGCAGUCCAGCAGUGCAAAGCAAAAUCCAAGAGCUGUACCGCCGCCGCUACCCCAGGAUAAUAGACACUGGUGUCUCUGAUUUGGAUACCAUAAAAUCAUUGCUGUGCUCUGCAGAAGGAGGCCUUACUGUAGUGAACACAGACAUCUCCAUCGGCCAGAGUCAGGCCUGUGACUCAGACCUCAGCCUGUUGACUGGUGAAUCGGUUGUGUUGCACAACACCAAAACCAGCAUGAAUCUACAGCAACAGGCCCCUCUCAUUCCCCCGGUCCACCCGGAUGUGCAGAUGAAACCUCUGCCUUUCUACGAUGUGCUUGAUGUCCUGAUCAAGCCUUCAAGCCUAGGAGCAAGUGCUGUGCAGAGAUAUCACCAAGAAAAAUACUUUAUCUUUGCCUUGACGCCACAGCAAGUUCGAGAAGUGUGUAUAUCCAGGGACUUUCUACCAGGUGGCAGAAGGGACUACAUGGUUCAAAUUCAACUGAGGUUUUGCUUAUCAGAGACAAGUUGCCCUCAGGAGGAUAAUUACCCAAAUAGUCUCUGUAUAAAAGUCAAUGGGAAACUCUUUCCUUUACCAGGUUAUGCACCACCGCCCAAAAAUGGAGUUGAACAGAAGAGACCAGGAAGACCUCUAAAUAUUACCUCAUUGGUUCGACUAUCUUCUGCAGUACCGAAUCAAAUUUCGGUGACAUGGGCACCUGAAAUUGGAAAAACCUAUUCCAUGUCUGUGUACCUGGUGAGGCAGCUGACAUCACCACUGCUCCUGCAGAGACUGAGAAUGAAGGGCAUCAGGAACCCUGACCACUCCAGAGCACUAAUUAAAGAGAAGCUCACCGCAGAUCCAGACAGUGAGAUUGCGACAACAAGCCUUCGAGUCUCACUCAUGUGCCCGCUCGGUAAGAUGCGUCUGACAGUGCCAUGCCGGGCCGUGACCUGCUCUCACCUGCAGUGUUUUGACGCUGCCCUCUACCUGCAGAUGAAUGAAAAGAAACCCACCUGGAUCUGCCCUGUGUGUGACAAGAAAGCUGCAUAUGAGAGUCUCAUUAUCGACGGUUUAUUCAUGGAGAUUCUGAAUGACUGCUCGGAUGUUGAUGAAAUCAAGUUCCAAGAAGAUGGGACCUGGUGCCCCAUGAGACCAAAGAAAGAGGCCGUCAAGGUGCCCUCUCAGUCUUUUCCAAAAAUUGAGACCUCUACCCCUGUGCGCCAGUGUUCAGUGGUCCCUCAUUCUGCUGAGCCCAGCUCCACAAAGAAAGCUGAUGUGAUUGACUUGACCUUGGAAAGUUCAUCCUCAGAUGAUGAUGAUGAGGAGGAUGUGGACCCACCACUCAAGAAGCGCUGCCUUUACAUGUCUAAAAGUGAGGAGGUGCAUGGGAAGGGUGUGCUGAGCUACCAGCCUUCCACUGUGCGAGUGCCAAACGUCCAGACCCUGGACACACCAUAUUUGACCUCAACACUUGCCGACUAUGCAGUCCCUUUCCACCACUCCACCCUGGCCACCAUCCCCACAGACAUGCAGAGUCUGGAUUUGUUUUCCUUAAUUCAAGCAGAUCCUCAGCAUUACCGGGCACCCAUGUUCCUGGACAACCUGACCAGCAGUCUGCAGAGUGCAGCCGCUUCCAGCACCAGCUCCGCCCUGGUCUCCUCCUCCAGCAGCCACUAUGAAGCCAGUGCCCAUGCUGCUAGCUCCACCCACGAUACUCGGGUCAUCACAGGGAGUGGAGGAGGGGGUGGAGGGGGCGGCGCCGGCAGCAUAUCAGAUAUCAUUUCGCUAGACUGAGCCACAUCUGCCUGGACCUUAUCAGGCCUCAUCUUGUCCAAUAUCCGUUUUUAUUCCAGCGGAAUGUACAUGACCUUUUUAGAUUUGCAUAAAAGCAGUGAAAUGGUGGUACAUGCACUCUUUGAUGCCCUGAGCAUUUUUAGUAUCACAGAAAUGGUACCAAUGAGCCAUGGCAGUCAUUUUAGUUUUCAUCAUUGCUGUACACAACUUUUCCUCCAUAUUGGCUGAACUGACUGAAUGUUGGUUUGUUGGCAGCGGAAUACAGUAGUGCUAAGGAAAAUACCAUAAACUGCCCAGAUCAUCAUGUAAUCGCAAAUUCAUAUUGUGAAGAGAAUAGAAUGAAACAGAAGUUUUAAGAGAACUGAAAACACUGGUAUUUUGCUAUCUAUGACAAUCAAACAUUUGAAAAAACGAAGCAAUGUUCUGAGUUCUCUUAAUAUACCGUUUUUCAAAAUGUAUUGACACACUGCGAUUGAACUCCAUGAUAUGAUUUGAACAGUUAGUGGUGGUGUCAGUUCUGUUGGAUUCUUCGUCUGUCGAAACACUGGUGAUAGCAUAUUUUUACAGUAUUUCAUGGUCAGCUGAGCAGAUACGUUUGGUAAUGACAGAAGGAUAAAUAGCCACCAUGGCUUACUGAUAACAUUUUUUGCAGUUGCUUCUGAAAAUAAGCAGGGCAUUGAACAGCUCAUGUAAACCAAUUCUGGUGCUUUUCCAUAGAUCUGAGCGGUUUGACUUUAUGGUCUGUUUCGUCUGGAUGUUUUGCUUCAUCUGCAUUCGUAUAUGACAGAGGGAACGGAGCAAGGACAAAACUAAGUAGAGCCUGAACUCACUGCUCUCAGCAGAGCUGGCUGUCUCACUGCACGUCUAAGCUGGUGAAUGAAUAGUUGCAAAGAAGCAGCUCAUCAUGUGAGAAAUUGCUCGGACUCAUCAACAGACUGUUGACAAGGCUUAACUCUUCAUAUGUCUUGCAGGAGAAGGAACUUGUUUUUUUCCUCUCUCUUUAUACUGUAUCUUUGUUGGCUUUGACCAACUCUAACUUUGCCUUUCAGUUGGACAAACUGCAAAAUGGAAGGCAGGAAAAUAAUUCAAAAGUUUUCAUUGAUAACAGCUGUCAGUCAGUACCCUGAUGGUGUUCAUCAUAAGGCAGCUUUUUUGUUAUACUAAUGUAAGAAAAUACAUGCUCCUUUCUAAUGCAGGCACAGCAAUAAUAGUUUAUUUAACUAGUGUUAGGUUUAACAAAGUUGUAAUUGCAGUUAAAAUAGUCCAAUUUGCCAUUGUGUGUCCCAGAAUUGGUGCAUCCAAAAAAAAAAAAAAAAUCAUCUUUCAAUUUCAAUUCAUUGUACUGUCCAUUGUCAUAUAGAAUGCUGUAAGUCCCCAAGCUUAUAAUUAGUUUCAAAUUCGUUUCUUCUUUCUGUAUGUUAAAUUUAUUGGCUAUUAUAUAUUGCCAUCUACAAACAUUGUGAUCACAUUUUAGCACAGGAAUACGCUUAGGUUUUGGAAAGCAAACUGGCAAAGACACCAUGAAAUAAUGAAAAACAGCACUCUUCCUUGAUUUUAUGGAUUUCCUGUUUAAACAAAAUGUGGAGAGGGAUCGUUUAAAAGUGGAAGCCAACAGGAAAUCAGUUAGGGAGAGAAACGGUUUUAUUUGAUGGGACAGGUGCAGCGGCCAGACUGGUUCAAAACAUGUUCAGGUUUUAUCGAUUGACAUUGCGAUUUACGCCUUCAGAGGAGGCAUAAGCUCAGCCCUAAAGAUCUUCUUUUUUUCCCCCAGUAAUAUGCGAGUUCAUUUCAUGGUGUCUUUCACUCCUACUGUGGGCCAAGAUGAUGGGUAACUUCUAUGUCCAGUGUUAAUGUGCUAUGGUGCAUCGAGUUUUGAGAUCAUGCUGAGCAGGUAUUUACCACUUUACAAUGAAACAGCAUUUUGAGAGCAUCUUGCUUUUUAUUGUGACAUAUGUCCAGCAGAAACAGGAUAUGGGGCUGUACUGUUCACAAAUCUUAUGGAAAUUCAGUGGUCAUUUUUAUGUACACCUCCUGGUACACAAAGGUCACAAUUUUUUGUUUGUUUGUUUUCCUGGAAGUAAGAAUAAUGAUAUUUUGAUAUGAAAACUUUUUUUCAUUUUUUGGUAUAAAUUGUCAACAAGGUGUAUGGUAUGAUUGUUUGAUGGAGCUGAACAAUCUUUUUUUGGUUUCAGCAUAUUAGCAUGCACUGUAGAAUACAGAAACCAGACAAAGGCAGAACUGUUACCAAUCAUCCUUUUUCAGAGAGGCAAGUUAAUCAAAGAGUUUGUAUCUAAGUUGGUGUAAGCUUAAAUGAACCUUAAAGCACCUUAAUGCUGCCAAAACAACUGAACAAAUGACCCUGUCACUACCCCAUGUCUCAGCAGCUGCAAGCACAGCUGGGUGCAUCUGUUGUGGUUAUGUUAGAAUUACCCUUAAUACCUUAUAGACUUUAAAAUAUUUUAUCAAAAUAUCUUGUACAUUCUCAUUUGCCAUGUAAACGAAGACAGAAAAUUAAAAGUACUCAAUUUUAUUUGUUGUUAGAAUUAAGAUGGCACAGGAGGUCUGUUACAAAGUUGUAAUUUUUUUUCCUGUAUCUGUAACCUUUAUAGCAUUAUCAGUUUUGGUACCAUG